GUGGCGAUGUAGUGUGAGGUGAAAAUGACAGUCAUACGCUGUAUGUCGUAAAAUUGUUUCAAACAAUGUUUGAAAUAAUAAAUAUUGGAAUUUUACGUGUUAUUAAUUACAAGAUGGACAUUAAAGAAGAAGAAAAAAGUAUGUUCUUCCCAAGGCAUCAGAAUCCGGAAAUCUCACUUGAGGCGAACGCGUCGCGCGCGUCGCUAACCUUCACGGACUUCGAGGAAGCGAUCGCCUUCGACGUGGACGACCCCGACUUCGCCCGGCUGGAGGCUGUGCGCGCCAGGGGAGCGGCGCGACCCCAAGCGGCGGGCGGCGCAGGUAUGUAAAACUUUGGAAGUAAUUCGAGUGGGAGUGCUUCUCUCAGCAUUUAGAACGCAGUUGCAAUUCUUUCCAGUUGAAAAUGCAGUUUCAGUAGAAAAUUGCCAAAUUUUGUCAUCACAAACACAAAUGUGGGAAUGGCCCAACAUUGUCUGCCUCGAGGCAGACGAAUUUGUGACUUAUUUACGGAAUACAUUGAAUGUUCAUUUUCUCUCAUGA